CUUUCUUCGUGAUGAAUCUUCGACGUGGACUGGUUUUCAACCAAUCCUCUGCAGAGUCACCACCAGAAGGUGGUGACUUCGGCGUUGUGUCAAUGCAUGCAUGUCAUCAUUUCUCUUCUCCUGUCUCUAUUUAUAUGGGCCACCCUUUUUUCUUUUAUUUCUGGAUUGGAUAUGGCGAUGGAACUGGGAUUGGAUGGAAUUGGCAGUGAACAGGGCCAAAGGACGAGGGAUCAUAUACUUCUACGCAGACCGGCGUCAGGCAUGGAAUUUGCAGUGCCUUUCUCGUAUAUUAUUCUUGUCCAAAGCACCCACGGGAGUCAUGACGGGGGAAAUUGGGAUUGUAUUUCUAGGUGUAUGUGUUAAUGAUUGGAAGUAUAUAACUCUUCGUCUCGUCUUACUCCCGUGACCGGCCUCUCACUAGCACGACUCGGCAAUUGCCCCUCCGGCCAAUAAUCCUCAACGUUCAACGCUCGAGUCAACAUCCCCACAACUGUUAGCUCGGAUUUUUAAUUUAGUGUCAUCCCUGACA